UUGAAAAGAACCUUUCGAUAGAACCGAUUCACGACAAUGAAUCGGACUUCCACACAUACACACUCGGGCGCAUUUUUUUCAUUCGUGAGCCGGUCAAGAUGGCGGCGGUACUGCCGAGACGGAGCAGCCGCUCGGCUUAAUCGAUCAUUUUCUGUAAAUCACCGGGGCAGAUCGGAUCCAAAUCGACCAAAUCUUGCGGCACAACUUUGUGAAAUCACCCCCAACCUGCGAUAUCCAACCUGUAUUGGGGAGAAUGGGAGAAAAGCUGGAGUUAAAACUGAAGUCGCCGGUCGGAGCCGAAGCUGCAGGCUAUCCGUGGCCCUUACCUGUAUAUGAUAAACAUCAUGAUGCUGCACAUGAAAUCAUCGAAACCAUACGUUGGGUCUGUGAAGAGAUCCCAGAUCUUAAGCUGGCCAUGGAGAACUACGUUCUUAUCGACUACGACACCAAGAGUUUUGAGAGUAUGCAGAGACUGUGUGAUAAGUACAACAGAGCCAUUGACAGCAUUCACCAACUGUGGAAAGGGACCACCCAACCCAUGAAACUGAACAAGCGGCCUUCCAACGGCCUACUGCGUCACAUCCUGCAGCAGGUCUACAACCACUCUGUCACCGACCCGGAGAAACUCAACAACUACGAGCCAUUCUCUCCUGAGGUGUACGGAGAGACCUCCUUCGACCUGGUGGCCCAGAUCAUUGAUGAGAUGGAAAUGAUGGAAGAAGACACCUUUGUAGAUUUGGGCAGUGGGGUUGGUCAAGUAGUCUUGCAGGUCGCUGCAGCCACCAACUGUAAACACUACUACGGCGUGGAGAAAGCAGACAUUCCAGCAACCUAUGCAGAGUCAAUGGACAGAGAGUUUAAGAGGUGGAUGAAGUGGUAUGGCAAAAAACAUGGCGAGUACACGUUGGAAAGGGGAGACUUCCUCUCAGAAGAAUGGAAGGAACGAAUAGCCAGCACAAGUGUUAUUUUUGUGAAUAACUUUGCCUUUGGUCCUGAGGUGGACCACCAGCUGAAGGAACGAUUCGCCAACAUGAAGGAAGGUGGAAAAAUUGUAUCCUCAAAACCUUUUGCACCUCUUAACUUCAGAAUAAACAGCCGAAACUUGAGUGAUAUUGGCACAAUAAUGAGAGUAGUUGAACUGUCCCCUCUGAGGGGAUCUGUGUCGUGGACGGGGAAGCCAGUGUCAUACUAUCUGCAUACAAUAGACCGCACCAUACUUGAAAACUAUUUUUCUAGUCUCAAAAAUCCUAAACUCAGGGAGGAGCAGGAGGCAGCCAGAAGGCGUCAGCAGAAGGACAGUAAGGAGAAUAAGAGCAACACCACCACCCCGACCAAGCCCAAGGAGCACAAGACGCAGCAUGACUCGGGUGGUGAGGAGGAGCGCUCAAACUCGAUUGCGCCCGUGAAGCCGUCGCCCAAACCCCGCCGGGCCAAACUGCUGGCCAGGGGCCGCAAGCUCGGCAACAGGAAGCGUGGGCGGCCUAAGAAGGCUGCCACUGCCACCGCCGCCGAGCGCAAGAACAAGAAGAGCCAGAGCGCCCUUGAUCUGCUGCACGCCAAGACCCUCUCAGCGGCCCCCCCUCAGGAUCCAUACAGGUCACCUCAGAGUCCGUUCUAUCAGCUACCUCCCAAAGUGCAGCAUUAUACAUCUAGCCAGCUUCUCAUGAGCCCCACUCCACCAGGCCUGCAGGCUCUUCUUGAUAACGUGAAAGUCCAGUAUCUGCAGUUCAUGGCCUACAUGAAGACACCACAGUACCGCACCAACCUGCAGCAAGCUCUUGAGCAGGAAAAGUUGAGACACACAGAACUAUCCGGUCAAGCCCAACAGCUGCUCAAUGCUUGUCAUGCUCAUAAGGAGAGGAUCAGAGACCUUUUCCAGUCUAAACUGGAGGAGCUGGGUGUGAAGGCGGUGACCGUGGAGGACCUGGUGCAAGCUCAGAAGGAGAUCACAGCCCACAACAUGCAGCUGAGGGAACAGACCAAACAGCUGGAGAGGGACAUGGCGGAGCUCCGCGAUCAGAGCCUGGUGCUGCUGAAGGCUCGAUGUGAGGAGCUCAAGCUAGACUGGGGGUCUCUGUGUUUGGAGACCCUGUUGAAAGAGAAAGCUGCUUUACGAAGACAAAUCUCAGAGAAACAGCGCCACUGUCUGGAGCUCCAGAUCAGCAUUGUUGAACUAGAGAAGAGCCAGAGGCAGCAAGAACUCCUGCAGCUUAAGUCAUCCUACAGCCCAUGUGAGGUGUCCCCCUACCGAAAGGCCCUCCCUGGCCCAGAGACCCGGCUCACACUGGAUUCCGACACCCCAAGACUUACCCCACAAGCCUCUGUGGGACUCAAUGGCCUCAGUCCCGAACUAUCCAUCAACGGCACGGCCUCGCCGGGUUAUGAGAGAGGCGGCGGAAUUGGAAUGGGCAAAAAUGAGCUCCUCACCCGCUACCUGCCCAUUUCCCCUGACCACGAAAUUGUGCCGCCUACCCCAGACUCAAGAACCAGGCACCUAGGGCAACCCCUGCCCGACUACACCCGCUUUUCUCCAGCCAAGAUCGCCCUCCGUAGGCAUCUCAAUCAAGAUUCAGCUGCAAAUCAAUUUCGAGCCCUUGGCAACAUCCACCGGGGCGACAUUGGUGCUGUUUCAUCUCCAACUCUGGGAUUAAAACAGGCUUGCUCUUCACCCAGUUCAUCUGAUAUUCAAACGACCACCACACCCAAGAGCACAGAUAGGGCCGAUAAGGAAAAGAGCCCGGCUGCUCCCGGCGACACUAUAACCAGUCUACCAAUAAGCAUCCCCCUCAGCACUGUGCAUCCCAGUAAACUUCCUGUCAGCAUCCCGCUGGCCAGUGUGGUGCUGCCGAAUCGUGCAGAAAGACUGAGGAGCACUCCUAGUCCAGUUUCGAAUCCAGCUGGACAGAGCAAUGGCAAGGCACCUCUCACGCCUACCUCAGGGUACUCCUCCAGCUCAGGAUUGGUGAACGGCUGUCACUCCGCCAUGUUGACCGAGGACCAAGACUGUGAUGUCGCUUCCCCUCCCCCUCAUAGCACUCCUGUCAUGGGGCUUCAGCCCCGCGGUUCUGGCCUCAGUCCUCCACUGGGCACCGGAGGUGUGCUGCAGUACGCAGACGGCCCACCGAGGCUUCCCCCCGAGGACGGCCAUGACCGCCAAGGCCCCGAAUCCGACACAGAGCCCUUAGACAGCGAGGCUCGUCGCCGGAUCUUUUUCUCCUCGUCCUCUUCUUCCUCCUCGUCUUCAUCUUCCACUGGAGGCUCAAGGCUACACCACGGAUCGGUAAAGCAGGGUCACCAUCAUCACAGUAAGCACCAUCAUCACCACCACCAUCAUCAUCACUCUCCAAGUUCCCACAGCCAAGAGGGGCGUAAGCGUGGCCGGCGGAAGCGCAGCUCUUCCGGGGCCAUGCCCAUGAGCGGAUCCCCUAAAAGAAGGGCGUUUCCUGGACUGGGCUGCCCAAGCCAUUCCUCUGGAUCGCCUCUUAAUAUCAAUUCUAUGGUGAACAACAUAAACCAGCCUUUGGAGAUCUCCGCCAUCUCUUCCCCAGAGCAGUCAGGCCGAAGCCCAUGCGGGCCAGAUCUAGAUCAGCCUCCCGUGCUUAAAAGAGAGCGUCCCCUGGAGCUCAACAACACAGGUCGCUAUUCCUCCACCCCUAGCUCAGACGAAGAGGGCACCAAUUACGCCCCGGACACCUCUAGUUCAAGCCGAAUUGAACGGAAAAUCGCCACAAUUUCCUUAGACCGAGACGGACCCAUCAGAGAUGUGGAUAGGGGCUCGCAGGGACGUAAAUCAGGUGCCAGCAGCGUGAGCAGCGAGGUAUCCUCUUCCUCCGGAGCCAGCAAGUGGAAAUCCACCUUCUCCCCAAUCUCUGACCCCAAGCCAACUCCUCCGGACCUCCGCCAAGGUGGUUCGCCAUUCGGCGUUGGGGCAUCCCGAGGGGGCACGGACUCCGACUCAGACCAGAAACCACAGAGGAGGGGGGAGCGUGAGCGUGAGCCUUACGGAAACUCGAACCUCUUCCUCAGUCAGGAUGGUGGUGGUCGCUCGGUCGUCAACACGUCUGAGCGGCCGCUGCAGAAACAGAAAACGCGGGAGUGGGACCUGAAAUCUGUAAGUGGAUUGGCCAGCCAGAACCUCUUUAUAUCCGCCGCGGCCAGUGGAGGCAUCCUGAGUGGGAAAGUGGGUGGGGCUGCCACUGUUUCCUCUGCCGCCUCAGUGGGACAGUACUUCCCCCUGGGUGGGGCUUCAGUUCUGCAGUCCUUAUUUGGAGCUCAGACGCCCGGACCAGCCACCAGCGGAGCCCCCCGGUUGGUCAACGGACAUUCAGCGCUCGGCGGUUUCUCCAGCGCCGGGCUGGCAGGGGGCGCUGCAGGAGGGAUUUUUCACCAUAUGGUGCCUUCAGUCUCCUCACAGCAGUCUGGGGCCAAUCUGCCGGGCCCCGGGGCCCUCAGUUCCCAGCAGAGGCAUCUGGACACGAACCCCAAACCAGGGGCCUCGUUCUUGGCCUCUGGCCCCUCGCAGCAUAGCCGCACACAGACAGUCCUACACACGCCCACCCUCGCCCUUCCUCCGCCCCCUCCCCUCCUGAACGCCUCCUCCGCUGUCCCUUCCCAGCCUGCCUCACCGCGCUCCUCAAGGCCGCAGUCGUCCCUCCCUGCCUCUGCCUCCACCUCCUCUCCAUCUCUGGCCACCACAUCCACUUCAGUCACCUCCUCCGCUUCCUCCCGGCCCUUCACUGUGCACUAUCCCCCGCAUCUGCCACCUCCGCACCCUCCCGGCAGCGCAGGUUCAGGUGGGGCCGGGGUCUCCUGGAGGACUCUGGGUCUGCAGGCGUCCUACACGGCCUCGCAGAUCCCCGGCAAUCGCCCCAGAUAGGACACAUCCGGGGGUAGGGGGGGGGGGGUUGAAAUUGAAAGAGACUCUUACUAGACGGAUACAGGGAAGCUACUGCGUUCUGCCAGCUAUAAUUAUUAUGAGUCUGAACAAGGUAACUGAAGAAAUCUACCUCAACCCAACAUAACCUAUGCAAUGGACAGGUGUGGACCAAUGGGCUCGACUCGCUCACCGGUGCUCAAACAUUUGCUAAAGCCGCCACUGUAAAACUGGCAUGGGUAUCAGAACUUAUCACAGGUGCAGCUUAAAACACACACAAACACACACACACAAACGCCCCCUGAAUCGUGUUCAUUCACACAGUAUACAGCUUGUUUUUCGGCGUGUUGCACCAUGUUGGGCUGAUGCUAGCAGUCAUUUAUCAAUAAUUGUGAGUUUAACGUAGCCUUGCUUGAUGGGUGGUUAACUAAAUUCGCAGCCAUCUCUUGAUGGAUUCAUACUCGACAACACAGGAAGUGUUUUAAAUGUCAGGAAUUUCAUUUCAGUCAGUCUGCUCUCAAUGGGCCGUACACACACAAAAAAAGACUUGUGAAUUUCUAUAACCUUGCUGCUGAUGUUAAUGAAAUGUGGCUUUUAUGAUUGACAAGUCCCAUUCAGGUGGACUUCAUGAAGCUUCCAGAGCCAGAUACAAUUCCCAUGCUGGGAUUUCACCCUUACAGUCUGAGCUUGUGCUAUAGUCACUAUUUUAGAAAUCUGAGUCACAUUUUUGACCAGUAAUCUGUUUUGUAGCAUAAUAGCCUUGUAUUGGGUAUUUUAAUAUCUCUUCAUAUGAGAUGUUUUCCAUGCAAGGUAAAAUAAGUAGGAAUCCACAUGCUCUGACUGUGUAAGUGUGAAUCUCCAAGUGAUAUUUUACCCCAAAAGGAAGAAAAUUUAAAAUUAUAUAUUUCAGAAGUAUUAGAACCAUAAAGUUUUUUUUUUGUUUGUUUUGUUUUUUCCCCCCCCCCAUGUCUGUUAAGCACAUUUCCAACGCAAAAAAAAAAAAAAAAAAAAAUCAGUUAUUUACUGUAAGUCAUCUGAAUGUUUUUUCAUUAUUUUUUUUUAAUGUAAUAUAUUUUCUGGUAACUCAUCCUAAUUGAUUAUUUGUGUUCUCAUUUUUUAUUUGCACAAAUAAAAUCCAGUACAACAAAUACAACAGUGAUUUAAAUUCUUAGUAAUUCAAGUAAUAUUUGAGUAAUAUUAAAAGCUGAAAUAAAUAUACAAAUAAUAAUAUAAUGUAAUAUAAAGCAAAAUAUAUUUUGCAUUGCAUCUAUAACAUUUGUUUGCAUCACAGUUGAGGUAGAUUGUCAUGAAAAUAAAGUUACUACAAAAAUGUCUUAAAAUAGGCUUCAAUUUCAAAUAUUCUUCUUAUUAGUAUUUUUGUAGUUUUUGGGGUAAAAUAUGACCAGGGUAUGUUCUUGACGGGCUUCAUGAGAUGCACCGAUAAUUAAGUAAUUUAAUUUUAAUUUUUUUUUUGCACUGGAUAAUUUACCUGUGGAGCUAUUAAUGACAAACGUAUUAAUUUUUAAAAUUAAAAAAUUGCAAGCUUUUAUUAAUCAAAGGGAAAAAACAUUCAUUUUGUGCACAUGUGAAAUAAAACAUAACAUGCUUUAAAAAAAAAUGUAAACAAUCACAAUUGCACCUUCCAAGGAAAACACAAUUAAAACACAAUCUGCAGGGAGUGAAGCAGUUAGAGCCACAGAAUGAGCAAAUGCCUGUAAGGAGCUGUUUAAUCAGGUUAGUUACUUUAACUACCGCAUCUUAUUGAAUCACUACGUUAACCGUUUGGUUUAGGACCCUGUUGUAAUAAAGCUUCCACGUUCCUAACAGUUACUGCUGAACCUUUAAUACAAUGCACAUAUAUUUUGUUCAAUCGGGGCGCGGUGUCUUACACGGUACAGGCUUAUUCAGGUGAAUCUGGUGCUGAACCAUUUUCCUAGCAGCUUUCCUAGGUGUUUUCUUUCGGAUUACAAAAUCCGAUGUUGUCGUGGUGCUCUCCGCAAUCUGGAAAACCAGCACAUGCUUCUACAAACAAACACACAUACACACUGAUUAAAAGUUGUACACACACUGGGAAAAUACAAAAUCACAAAACGACAACAAAACUACUGGGUAACUUCAACUCAUCUUUUUGUUUCUCUAUUCUUUUGUGUAUUUUUUUUUUUCUUGUACUGUGAAUGGUAGUCUCUCUCAGACUGUAUAACUAUGUAUAUAAUUUGGGUUAUUUAUCAUUUUAAUUUUCUGUCUUUUUUAUUUUUUUGGUGUGUGAUUGCUCUUUUGUAUCAGAGCAGAGCACAACUUGUGCAAAAUGUAUGUACUUGAUUCGCAGUCUAAAAAAAAACACAUGGUGCUACAAUCUGUACAACUUUAGACUGCUUAUUUAUAUUAAGAUCAUCAACAACAACAAAAAAAAAAGAAAUUAAUAAAGAUUUUGGUGCUUCUUUUAACACAGGGAUGUUUUCAUGCCUUGCGGCAUUUAUUUUUCCUAUAUUUAUAAUGUAAUCAUAUUAUUUGGCGCCCAGCACGAAGCAGCCCUUGUUUGUUUGGAUCAGUGCCGUUUUUAUAUAGAAGAAACACCUUUUGGUCUUAAUCUAAAGAAGUAUGAAAGUAAAUUGCAGAACUUUAUAGGAUAAUUUUUUUUUUUUUUUACUUCAAUGGUGCUCGGAAAUCGACCUGUGUGACAGGUAGUGAAUAUUUUGGAAUAUACGUUUGGCAAACUGGUGCUAUAUGGCAUUUAGUUCCUUAAGAUUUUUGUUUCUUGUGAGGAGAAAGUGUGCUAAGCCUAUUUGCCUACCAUCUUGGGGCCGUACGGCUCGGUGCUGUUUCUUAAAAUUGUCGCUUCACAGUGUAACUCAAAAACAAAUCUUACACAUAUUGGCGCUGCUGUUCACACAGAUGUCAACUAGACCAAUUUUGCCCAUACCAAAUCCUACAAUCCACUAUCAAAGCCUGUCCUAAAGUGUCGUGUAACCUAGAGUUUGAGCCUAUUACAUAUCGUGGUGAUGUGAAGUUGUUCUGAUGUGAACUAGAUGGCUAGUUUUUUGUCAGUGGGCUAGUACUAGUGGUUGACCGAUAUGGGUUUUCCAAUGGCAAAAUAAUAGCAUACCUAGAGAAUAGACUGGCCAGUAGUGGAUUUUAUGACGUAUAUGAAAUAUUUGGAGAAUUAAAUGGAUAGUCAAAAAUGAACAUUCUGUUAUUUAUUAAUCCUCAUGUUGUUCCAAAUCUCUAUGGCUUGCUUGCUUCUGCGUAACACAAAAGAUAUUUUGAAAAAUGCGGAAAAUCGUUUUUGUCCAUACUGUGAAAGUCAAUGGGGUCCUAAAUUUGGAGCCCAUUGACUUUGAUUGUAUGGACGAAAUUUUGGAGAUUUCCGCCUGCCCGAUAUAUCGGUCUAUCACUAGCAAUUUAAGCAUUUUCAAAAUAGUCAUUGGCGUGCAACAUCGCCAACUUGAAGACAAAGCAGGAGUGGACUUAUUGUUUUGCGUCCUUAUUUCCUUUUAUCGUGUUUUGUUGCUCAAGUAUGUGCUCAAGGAAAAAUCAACCUCACCUAAGCUUUAGUCAGAAUGCUGUUUAAUAUGGGUGUAUAAUAACAUUAAAAAAAUUGUGUAAAUGGUCUCUCUGUCCGAUUAACGUGAGAACAUUUUGAUGAAAAUAGGAUAUUGACCAGUAAAUGAAUUAAUUGUUACCAGCACUGAGGGUAUUUUUUUGUUGUUGUAAUUAAUAGUCAAUGUUAAUGUUACCUGUUUUAUUGGCCAAUUUGUGUUUUGAUAUCUUUGCGACUGUUUAUCAAUGAUGGUUUUAUGAUUUCAUAAUCCUGAGCAUUUGGAUACUCUUUAGAACAGUAUGGUGCUCUCCUACACUUUAAACAAGGAAAAUGCAGCUAUGAAAUUUAUGCACCUCUCGCAUUGCGAGGGGUAAACAUUUAAUAAACGUCAGUGCAAGCUUUGCUUGUUUUACUUUG